AUGACUACAUCGAGGCGUCUUGCUGAUAGGAAAGUCGAUAGAUUUGACAAGAACAUUACUAAGAGAGGAGCUGUGCCCGAGACAAGCACGAAAAAGGGAAAGGACUAUCCUGUUGGUCCUGUUCUCCUCGGAUUCUUCGUCUUCGUUGUCAUUGGAUCAUUCAUUAAUGAGGUUUUCUUUGUUGUUUGUAACAGCUCUAUUCCAGAUAAUCAGGACAGCAACGAGCGGAGGCAUGGCUUAAACUGUUACUGGUUUUGGGAGGCAGCAGCUGAUGGUUGUUUCGUUUGCAUUUCCUAUUAG